CCAUUUCGCUUCAUUUAUGAUAUUUAUUUUCGUUUUGAGAGAGUUUUAAGUAAAAGUUGAAUUCUCGAGAGUGUGAUAAGCCGCAAUUAAACAACGAAACCAUUUCAUAGAUAAAAGACUAAUACUAACCUAACUGGUUCUCGCACAAUGCCCACCAUAGAGCAUAAGUUGAAUAUAACCGAGGAGGAAGUUCCUGAACACAUACGCCGCAUAGCCCAGGAGCAGGGUGAAUGUCCAAAGACCAAGCAACAGACAAUAGAACAAUUUCGAAGUUAUAUUUUAGAGCACAAUGAAUUUCAAUUGCAUCGUAAUGAUGAUAAAUUUUUGGAAAAAUUUUUACGUGCCCGUUUCUGGAAGAUUGAAAAUAGCUAUAGAUUGCUGAGCAACUAUCACAAGUUUCGUGAACAAAACAAAAACUAUUAUGAGAAAGUCCGUCCCUUGGACUUACGUCAUUUGGGCGAUUCGGAUAUAUUGACAGUCACACCGUAUCGGGAUCAACAUGGUCGUCGUAUACUUAUCUAUCGUUUUGGACUUUGGCGACCCAAUCGGGUUAAUGUAGAUGAUAUAUUUCGUGCCACCAUUUUAUUGCAGGAGCUGGGUAGUUUGGAACCCAUUUCACAGAUAGUGGGUGGCGUUGGUAUCUUUGAUCUGAAAGAUUUGGCCCUAGAGCACAUUCUGCAUUUGAGCCCAAGUGUGGCCCAAAAGAUGAUUGCCCUCUUAGUGACAUCCAUGCCUAUACGUACAUCUGCGCUUCAUAUUGUGAAUCAGAAUUGGGUGUUCAAUACCGCUUUUAGAAUUUUCAAGCCCUUCCUAAACGCUGCAAUGAAAGAACGUCUCUAUAUUCAUGGUAGUGAUAUGAGUUCACUGCAUAAGCACAUCAAUCCGGAACAUUUACCCAAGCGAUAUGGUGGUUUGCAUGAGGAUUACUCUUAUACAUUGUGGCUGGACAUGAUGGAACAGCAGUGUGCGGGUAGCGGUGUACAGAAGGAAAUGGAACAAUUGGGUUUCAUAUUCAACUAACCAUGGACUUGCAUUUAUUUAUUAUGUCUCGCAAACAAUUUUUAUAUAAGAAGGGUAAAGUAGUGAAUAGCAUGUUUUUAACUCACUUGGUGUUAUAUUUUUAUAAAAAAUAUAUAUGAAAUUAACUACUUUUUAGA